UCUGGUUGCACGUAGUUUUCAUUUGUAGCUGGAAUGCUAAACCUGUUUGAAUCAAACUUAUCUCAUAGUUUAUUCACUGUCCACUGUAAUAAAGCGACCAAUAUCCCCUUGAGUAAACUAGCUCUCUAGCACACUUUCAGACUAGCUAUUGCUGCCACUAAACUGACUACUACUGUUUCUUUUGUUUCAAACUCGUUCAGAAGCAGUCUGUUAUUUGCUCAUAGUCUUUGAAAACGAAAAAGAGUCUAGUAAAUGUGUGUACCAUCCAGGAGUCACUGUUCUGACCUUUGUGUUAAUGUUUGAUUAGUUCAGUAUUUCGCUUGAUUCAACCGGAUUCAACUAGUGCUGUCUACGUCCCACGCGCGUGCAGUGACGCAGCGUAUUAACAGAUUUACCGUAAAGCUGAAAGGCGCAGUGAAAAUGUUGCUGACAACAAUAAACCAGCUUGUGUCUCCAAAGGUUAUUCUCAGACUAUGAGACAAACAUAACGCUUGAUGAUGAGUCUUAGCACCAACAUGGAAACGCUGCAUCCUUUUGGCCACUUCCAUCUCGUGAGCAGGCAGCAUGGUGGGGGACUUAAAGUGACACAGCUAUAUUAUGUGAAAGUAAAGCAGAGCAGCCCACAGGGGCACAGAUGGACAAGCAGCUGAUGCAGAGGGUAGUUCCUUUCACGGCGCACUUGCAAGGCGAGGACCCGAAGGCAUCUUGAAAUAGAAAUUCAAAGGAGGAGGAGGAGAAGAAGGAGGAGAGAAAGGAGGGGGGUUUAGAGUGAGAGCAUUGGCAUGCCAGGCUCAAUCCCCAGCAUGGCUGUGCAGAAGAAGAGUGUCAUCCCUCCAUCGCAGGGACCACUUUCUACACGUACAAUAGAGAAUCAGAAGAAGAGGAAUGGAUCUGAGAGAACAGGAGACGAUGGCACCUGUAUCAAAACAAAUUCACAGACAAAGAAAACAGUCUGCUCUGUCAACAAGUCUCCACAAAUGUGCAACACAACGUCUGCGCGGGCAGCUGCAGCGGCAAAUGGACAAAAUAUUGAUGAGAGGCUGAAAGCAGCCCGAGAACGAAGAGAGGAGCACCAGAAGCUGCUUGCCUCUCGGGAGCUGAGCAGGUUGGAGCGGGAGCAGCGAGCCCGGCGGUACUAUGAACAACAGCUGCAGCAGCGCAAGAAGAAACUCCUGGAGCAGAGGCUCAAAGAGGAGAGGAGGCGUGCUGCUGUGGAAGAGAAGCGCAAGCAGAGACUGAGGGAGGAGAAGGAGCGGUAUGAAUCUGCAGUGCGUAGGACGCUGGAGAAGAGCCAAAGAGCCCAACUGAACCUCAGUCAGAACUCAAGAGGGAGGAAGCUCACCAAGAACGUUCCACGUCGCUUACCCCUGACACCAUGGGAGAAGAAUCUGGUCAGUCGGCUCCUGACACCUACAUGCUCUUUUCUGGCCAGGAGCAAGAGUGCUGCUUGUCAGUCAGGAGAAGAAGUUUCAUUCCACUCCAUGAAUACCACCAACUCCACCCCCACCCCUAAAAAACCACAGCACCACUCUGGUUCAGUCCAGCACAGGCCAUCUGCUUCACCCAGUCCAAGCAGCAGAAGCACCAAUCUGGCACAGCUCAAAACAGCAAGACGGCAAGACACCAAGAAGAAGUCACACAGCCCCUCUAGUCCUAAAUCGCCUGCUGUAAGAAGCAGUGUGAAACCAGCCAAAGUAACACAAAGUAGAACAGCCUCCCCUUCACCUGAACGGAGCCCCCGAAGAUCAAUCAGCCGGCACUCGACCCCGCUGCAGCUGGAGCUCCCGUCGGUCCCAGAGGAGGAUGUUGCUGUUUGUAGCUCUGCCCUCGCUCCUGGUAACUCCAGGCCUGUGAGGACGCCAGCAGAAGGUCAGCAAGAAAUAGUGAAAGAUGGAAACCCACGAGGGAGUCCAUGUUCGAACCUGCCCGACAAAGAGGCUGAAGCAGUAACCAGGACAGCAAGGGAUGGAAGUCCUCCUCAUACAGCUCAAAAUCCUCCUGAGGUCACAUCCAGGCCCUCAGGCGGGACCACAGACCCAGAAGCGGCCUCGCGACUCCUGGCUGAGAAAAGAAGAGUGGCCCGAUUACAACGGGAGAGAGAGGAGCAGGAGCGUCUGCAAAGGGAGGAGGCCGAGAGGCGGAGUCGGGAGGAACUGGAGCGCAGGAGGGCAGAAGAGCGAGCAAGACAGCAGGCCGAAGCUCAACGUCUCGUAGAGGAGAAGAAGAGGAGGGAGGAAGAGGAGCAGAGACGAGCCGAGGAAGAGAGAGCUCAGGCUAUGAGGGAAGCUGCCCUUCUGCAGAAACAGAGAGAGGAAGAACAAGCCAAAGAAAAGGCAAAAGCAGAGCAGCUGAAACAAGAGCGAGAACUCCUCGCACAGAAAGAGGAGGCAGCACGACAAGUCAGGAAAAAGAGACUUGAGGAGAUCAUGCGGAGAACCAGGAGGACAGAUUCUCCAGAUACAAAAACUGUGCAGGGAGGGAUCCAGCCAAAUGAAGCUGAACCAAAAGAAAACACACAGCCUGUGCACAAUGGCACUAUAGAAGAUGCUGUUAAGCUGCCCGUGGGGACGAAGACCUCACCGCUCGGGCUGACCAAUGAGGAGGACAUGGUACCUGUCGUGGCCUUCAAAGAGCGCAGGUCUCUCAGGACUCUGACAGGCCUGGAAGAAAUCCAGACUCACCAACGAGCAGAGGUCAUCUGAGAAUCUGCAAAGCGACCGGUGCGUUUCAAAGACUUGGUUGUUAGAGCUGUGAUUUCUCUGUGCCAAACAGAAACCCCUGCAGCACAGUCACUUCGCUGCCUGCCCUCCCGCACCUUGACAGCGCAUGUAAAACUACAGCCUUUCCUCUCACUGAGGACGUCAGCAUUUGGUCACCUUUCUGUGUGUGAGCAGCAGCAGCACAAAUGUUGGAGAAGUUAUUUAUGACUUUAAGUACAGCAGGUCUAUACAGUAAUAAUGACUAUCUAAUAAUUGUAGAUGUAGAUCGUGGUGAUGAUAGUUUGCUGGCAUAUACAGUAUUUCUGUUGCCUCUGAAAUACUAGCCAUUCCAACAGUCACAACAUACGUCAGCCAUACGCUUUUUGCUUAUUCCUGAUAUUUCUUGCUAUGUAAGCACUUUUCCUUCCUCAGUUCUGUCACUGUGGAAUUAGAAUAGCACGAGUGGCUGUUUGCCCGGCGAACACACGACUUUAGGUCGUAACUUCCUGUCUUACCCUUUGAUUGUGUGAAGUAUAGCAAUCACAUAUUUCAAGGCUGCUAUGGAACUUAGUUUCCAAAGACUUUGCUUCUGUUUGUGAGUCUUUUAGAGAGAAGAAAAUGCACAAAGCAUUUAUUGCACUGACGGUUGCUUUGUAUGAUAUUGUGCAAUCACUUUACAAAGAAAGUUUGAGGCGUAGAAGUUCAGUACAUUUAUUAGAAUAAAAAAGAAAGAUGUAUCCAAUUCUGAAUAUUUGAUCCUUUGGUUUAAGUAUUGCUUAUACCUAUGACUUGUUAUAAUAUCUGCCAUAUUCAAAUAAAGUUGAUACUAUGCCACA